AACAAAUAUAACCAAUGAAACAUGACGUACAUAGUAACUUAAACUCAUAAAAGAGAUUCAAUAUUACAAUUUGUUAUUGUCACAAUCUGAUUUGCAUAUAAGACGAAAACAGCGUGGAUCCUCCAGAUCAGAUUGAGAUUACAAAAGUCUAAAUGGGUUUCAGACACUAGUCAGCCAUCAAAUUAAAAGUUUCACCAAUGUUCUGGUAAUACGUAUGAAUUGCGGAUACUUCUUCAGCACUUAAAGGAUUUCGUUUUGGUUCAGACCACACAUGUUCAAGGUUUCAAACGUCUAAGUAAUCCUUUCCUCUUGAGAAUUCCACAGUAAAGCCUAAUUAACCUUUUGUAGACAUUGACUUUUUCUUCUAUUGUUUUGUCGCUCAUUUGGUAAAAGGCGUUGAGAGCUUUGACAAACUUUGAAGUGGUCGGAUCAAAACCCAUCUCAACUUGUUGAGAGAUAUUUUCUUUUCCAUUGACCGGUCCACUAUGUGAGAUGAGCAAGGGGAAUACCAACUUCUGAUGCCUAGAAUGCAUGUAAAUUACGAGUGUAAUAAUCGUGAAUAUAUAAAGGAAGUCAACAGAUUCGACUACUAUUCGGUGGAUCGGAUUAUUUUCAAAUAAAAGUAUAAUUAUUGAAAUCAAACGGGGAGAAAUAAUCAAAUAUUACUCGCACAAGUUAGUGAUUUUAAAGUAUGUCACGUCUUUGGUCUCGCUCGAUAGAAAAUACUAAAGUUUUGUUUUUAUUUCUUGAUCGCAAAGAAAGUCUCUAUCUUCUCUUGUUCUUUGCAUCCUCUCUGGUUUGCUCAGAUCAGUAAAUUUCAAAUUUCAGAUAUAUCUGCCUUUCAGUAGAAUGGGCGCCUCUAUCUCAAUACCCUGUGAUACGUGUAUAAAUAAAGUCUUUUACUGGCAAGAAAAGAAAGUAGGCUAUACUCGCAAUCUCCAGAAGAAUCUCGUGGCUCUAGAGACAACCAUGGAAGAGCUCAAGGCUAAGCGAGAUGAUUUGACAAGAAGGAUCAGAAGAGAGGAAGAUAGAGGUCUGGAAAGGCUUGCCGAAAUACAGGUAUGGCUUAAUAAAGUUGAAACUGUCGAACAAAACGUCAACGAACUUCUUAGUGAUAGAGAUGUUCAACUUCAAAGGCUAUGUCUUUGUGGGUUUUGCUCUAAGAAAUUGAAAUCGGGCUAUCAUUAUGGGAAAAAGGUUUUCUUGAUGUUAAGGGAGGUUGAGGAACUGAUCAAAACUAGAGAUUUUGAUGUGAUUGCUGAUCAAGCUCAAGCAUCCAAGGUGCAAAGGCCUCCUCCACGGAUAAUUGUUGGUCAAGAGACAAUGCUAGAUAACGCAUGGAAACAUCUGAUUGAAGAUGGAGCUGGUAUUAUGGGUAUGUACGGUAUGGGCGGAGUAGGGAAGACAACUAUUCUCACCCAGAUCAAUAAUAAGUUCAGUAAUGAUAGGUGUGGAUUUGACUUUGUGAUUUGGGUUGUGGUGUCUAAAGAGCUGCAUAUAGAGAAUAUUCAAGAUGAAAUUGCUGAGAAAGUUGGUCUUGGUGGAGAAGAGUGGAACAAAAAAGAUGAAACUCAAAAGGGCCUUCAUUUAUACAAUUUCUUAAGGACAAAGAGAUUCAUGUUGUUUUUAGAUGAUAUAUGGGAGACGGUGGAAUUAGAUAAGAUUGGAAUCCCGGAUCCAACAUCACACAAAGGAUGCAGAUUGGCAUUCACCACUCGGUCUCUAAAUGUAUGCACGAGCAUGGGGGUUGGAAAACCAAUGGAAGUCCAAUGUUUGGCGGACGAUGACGCAUUUGAUUUGUUCAAAAAAAAGGUUGGAGAAUUAACACUCGAAAGCGAUCCACAGAUCCCAGACCUUGCAAAAAUAGUUGCUAAAAAAUGUUGUGGUUUACCAUUGGCUCUCAACGUAAUAGGUGAAACCAUGUCAUCCAAGAGGACGAUACAAGAAUGGCGACGUGCGAUAUCAGUUUUGACUUCAUAUGCCGCAGAGUUUUCAGGCAUGAAUGAUAAGAUCCUUCCGCUUUUGAAGUAUAGCUACGAUAGUCUUAAAGGGGACCAUGUCAAAUUUUGUUUGCUAUACUGCGCUUUAUAUCCGGAAGAUGCUAAAAUUCCCAUAGAAGAUUUGAUAGACUACUGGAUAUGCGAAGGAAUUAUAGAUAGAGGUGAAAGUGUUGUAGAGGCUGAGUAUAUGAGUUAUGAGAUAAUUGGUAGUCUUGUGUGUGCAUCAUUGUUGAUGAAGGGGGUUGAUCAGGAUGGAAAAGAUUUUGUGUGUAUGCAUGACGUGAUUCGUGAAAUGGCCUUGUGGAUCGCAUCUGAUUUGGGAAGAGAAAAGGAUGUUUUUAUUGUGCGUGCAGGUGUUGGGCUACGUGAAAUUCCAAGGGUUAGGGAUUGGAACAUUGUAGAAAGGAUGUCAUUGAUGAAACUGAGGAAUAACAAGAGGUUUCAUGUUACUGGCACUCCUGAAUGUAUGAAACUCACAACUUUGCUCCUGCAACAUUCGAAUUUGGGAAGUAUCUCGAGUGAAUUCUUCAAGUACAUGCCAAAUCUUGCUGUGUUGGAUCUAUCGAAUAAUGACAGUCUUUGUGAAUUGCCGGAUCUAUCAGGAUUAGUUUCCCUGCAAUAUCUCAACUUGUCAAAUACUAGCAUACUCCAAUUGCCUAAGGGUGUACAAAAGUUGAAGAAACUAAUUUACUUGGAUUUGGAGAAAACAUUUGUUAUUUGGGGUAGUACUGGGAUAUCAAGUCUGCAUAAUUUGAAAGUUUUGAAGUUAUUUGGUUCUCAUUUUUAUUGGAACACCACAUCAGUGAAGGAAUUGGAAGCCUUGGAACAUUUGGAAGUUUUAACCAUAACAAUUGAUUUUUUUUCUCUGUUUAAUGAACUCAGACUGCGGGAGUUGGAAUCCUUGGAACACUCAGUAAGUUUAACCUAUACAACUCCUUCAGACUAUCCAGAACAAUUUUUAACCUCACAUAGGUUGAUGAGUUGUACACAAAUUCUAAGAAUCUCGAAUACCAUCAAUCUGGAAUCAUCUGGAAUAUCACUUCCAGCAACUAUGGACAAGCUUCGUGAACUCUACAUUUUUAGGAGUUGCAAUAUCUCUGAGAUAAAGAUGGGAAGGAUAUGCAGCUUCUUGAGCCUCGUCAAAGUGCUUAUACAAGAUUGUAAAGGCCUGAGGGAAUUGACAUUUCUGAUGUUCGCUCCAAAUCUUAAAUUUUUGUAUGUUGAUGAUGCAAAAGACCUAGAAGAUAUAAUAAACAAAGAGAAAGCUUGUGAAGUUGAAAUUAGGAUUGUUCCUUUUCAAAAGCUGACUAAUCUUCAUUUGGAGCAUCUACCGAAGCUGGAGAAUAUAUACUGGAGUCCUCUAUCCUUUCCAUGUCUAAAGAAAAUCGAUGUAUUCGAAUGUCCAAACCUGAAAACAAUUCCAAAAGUGGCAAGGAGGGUGAUAAUGGACUCAGCAUAUGAUAUAACAAAUGGAUUGAAGGUGUGGAAUGGAAGGACUCUCACUCUCUUUUUUUUUUUCUUUUGGAUUUAGAAU